AUUUACCACAACAUGUGUUAACCCGUGUGUGUAUUGACGGCGAAAAACCACUUCACGUGCGAAAAGCCUUCCCUAUUAUAUACAGCCAUAAGACUCGCGGAUCAACUCAAGUGAUAGUCAGUCAUGUCUUCGCACCCGAAAUCAUCGCUCACACCGUCCGCCUCCCAGUCCUCACUGCUAUUAUCGACGGCCAACCUCUCGUGGACGCCGACUACCGGCGCUCUCAUAGUGGCCCCGCCGCUGGAGCCGCCACCACAGCCCGCCCUAUCGCCCACCCCUUCCGACCAGUCGUCCAUUCGCCACGACAUGACCCACGAGGAGAUCAUACAAUCGCUACGGCGUGGAGCACCCGGAGGUACGGCUGGCAGUAGCCGGAGGUCUAGUAUUAGCGGACAGGCGCUGGACGAGAGCUUUCAGACGAUUAGUUUAGUCGAUGGACAGCCGUGUCUGCCGUCGGAUGAUAAUAAUACCGGCGCUAAUAGUGGCGAACAGUCCCAUCAGUCGACGGUGAGCUCCCUGUCCUCGGCCGGCGCUCUCAAUAGUAAGCACCAGAAGAUGUCGUUCAUUGAGACGCUGUUCCAGAGGACGUCGCAAGUGAUCGUCAGUACGACUACCGGCGCUCUCGGGGCUGGUAUCCCAAGCGAUGAUAGUGUGGGCACAGGUAGCGCGCCAGUAGGAGGGGUUGUAUCGCAUUUUGAGCCUCAAUUGAGUGGCGCACCGGCCGUAUCGCCACCGAUGAUGACUAGUGUUGGACCUACUGUUCCCGCGAUUCCAGUGUCAGCACCGGUAGCACCGCCUGUAUUACCCGCUCAGGCGUUGGUCUCCAAAGACUUUAAAUUAAGAGGUCCGCUAAGACUAUACGACCCAAACCACGGCGCAACCAUCACCACAGCUACCAGUGCUGCCGCCUCUACACUACCAGCGCCUCCAUUACCGCCAGUGCCGAUAGCAUCGGGAGAUACUCCACUCAUACCCGAUCCCUACACUCAACCAUUACCCGUCGAUAAUCUCUAUAAUCCGAGCGAUUACUACACUCCCGGAGCGCCGGAAGGCCAGCCCCUGGAUCUCAGCCAACCUCCGGCAUACAGUUCCGCUCCGUUCGACGCCUUAAGCCCUUCCAGUGGGCCGACCACGAGCGCACCUACACUCCCCGACACCGCCAGUCAGUACUCGUACGUCAGUCCUACGCAAACACUGGACAACACCUACGGACCGGACUGGCAGUCGACGCAACAGCAGUCGCCCACCGCCUCUCCCGCAGACACUACCGGUGCUCAGCAACCGUACCAACCCUACCAGCCCUACGCGCCGGUAGUCUACCACUGGUUCUAUCAGCGGGUGAUCGAGAAUAAGGAGGUUUGGCGGCCGUUCUCGCUGUACGACACGUACAACUUGGAGCAGUCGGUGCUGACGGCACCGACCUAUGGCUACGGAGUGGUCAUACCUACGGACGGCGGCCGCUUCGACGUGUCUGUCGGGGAACGGGUGCGACGACCCGUCUAUUGGCAAGAGUCGGACACUAUAUGCCGGCGCUGUUCCUGGUUUUACCGAAAGGAGGGCCAUAACCGAUGGGUGCCGUACGGCGAGGAGGUCUCCGAGCGCCUGGAGGCCGGGUAUAGGCAGUCAGUGAUGACUAAUACGUGGAAUACGAGGGUGGAGUUGGAUGGGGGACAGGAGGUGGUGGUGAUGCACACCCGGGAGUCUAUAUAUCACUACCAAUUGGAUCAGUCGAUGCCCGACGGGUGGGGACAGGCGUUAGAGAACCCGCAGCGGCCGAGACUCGUGGCCAGAGGUGUAGGCGCUCUGGACGGCAUGGCUGAUGAUAUCGAUGAGGGCGAGCCCGUACAGGUCGACCAUCUCGUGUUCCUUAUACAUGGAAUCGGAGAGAUAUGUGAUUUUAGGUUUCGGUCGAUAGUGGAAGUGGUGGACGACUUCCGGUGCAUAAGCCUAUCGCUAAUGCGCACCCAUUUCCGAUCGUACAUGGAGUCGGGACAGUUGGGUCGCAUCGAGCUGUUGCCCAUAUCGUGGCACUCGGCCCUACACGGCGACGAGACCGGUAUCGACGACCGGCUCCGGCAGAUAACGCUGGACAGCAUACCGAAGCUCCGGCACUUCAGCAACGAUACCAUUCUGGACGCCCUGUUCUACACGAGUCCCGUCUACUGUCAAACGAUUGUCGACUCCGUGGGCCAGGAAUUGAACCGUUUGUUUGAGUUGUUUUGUCACCGAAACCCGAACUUUUGCGGAACGGUAGCCCUGGGCGGCCACAGUCUGGGCUCACUAAUCGUGUUCGACAUACUGGCCCACCAGUCCUCGGACGCGGACCUCAACGUCACGCCUAAUACGGACCACAACUCUUCCAAUGCGAGCACAUCCACCGAAACGCUGACAUCAACGCCAGUGUCAGCACCGGUAGUGCCCUCAGACACAGUGCCAACGCUCGUGGACAGGGGUGUGUGCACCUCACCCACUGGCCACCCUUACGGACACCAACAGACCUUAGGACUCGGCUUUCCGGACAUCAAAUACCCGACGCUAGCGUUCAGACCGUCGGCGCUCUUCGCCAUGGGCUCACCCCUACCCAUGUUUCUCACCGUACGGGGUGUGCACUACCUGUCGCCCGACUACCGGCUGCCCACCUGUCCCGCGGUGUACAACAUCUUUCACCCGUACGACCCGAUCGCCUACCGCUUGGAGCCGAUGAUAUACCGUGCCUUUAAGGACAUUAAGCCGGUGCUCAUACCCCACCACAAGGGCCGCAAACGCAUGCACCUGGAGCUGAGGGACAGCAUCGCGCGCAUGGGCUCCGACAUCAAGAACAAGAUCUACGACAGCCUGAAGUAUACGUGGAAUUCCAUCAACGAGUUCGCCAAAGCGCACCGGACGGUAGGCGCCAGUGUUGGCAGCGUUGGCGCGCCUACCGGUGACUACGGGGCCGAUGGACAGGCGUUUGACGGCACGUACGGGAGUCGAGGGAUCGACGGUAUGCCGGAUGCGGGCGAACUGGACGGCAGGGGCGCGGCCGAGGAGGCGCUGAGUGCCGGCGCUCUCAACAGUGGCCGUCGUAUUGAUUAUGUGUUACAGGAGUCACCCGUAGAGGCCUUUAAUGAAUACCUGUUCGCAAUGGCAGCCCAUGCCUGCUAUUGGGGGUCGGAGGACACGGCCUUACUGGUGCUGAGGGAACUGUACGGACAGUUAGGUUAUUAUACGGAUAGGGAUAUAUUCAGCGGCAGCGCUCCGCCCAUACCUACCAGUGCUUCCCAACAGAGUCUCGACGGACAGCAACAGCCGUUCCCCGCCUUUGACGACACGAACCUCCAGUUUGUUAGCCAUUGACCCGAUGUUUGGGUAGUUUUUUGUGGUUUUUAUGAAUUGAUUGUAUUUUUUUGUAUUUAAUUAUGAUUUUCAUGUUUAUUAUAAGGUUUUGUCCCGAAAUUAUCUACCGAUCCCUCUCCCAGUGCUCCGAUUUGUGGGCAAAUAAUGUCUAAUUUAUUAAUUAAAUUAUUAUUUUGUUUUGUGAAAAGUUUUUUUGUG